AUAGCAGCAGGGCAACGCAGCAGAGCUGUCAUGGCUGCUCAUCUGAAAAAACGAGUUUAUGAGGAAUUCUCUAAAGUAGUUCAGGUGUCUGUUGAGGAGGCUCCAACGAAGAAGCUUCGACUUACCAAACCGAGUAAAUCAGCGGCUCUUCACAUUGAUCUGUGUAAGGCUACCAACCCUACAGAUGCCCUGCAGUACCUGCUGAGCUUUGCGCGCAAACCUGUGGAGGCCGAGAGCGUAGAGGGGGUGGUACGCAUCCUUCUUGAGCAUUAUUACAAGGAGUCUGAUAACUCAGUUCGGCUAAAGAUCGCCUCUCUGCUGGGUUUAUUAUCAAAAAUACAAGGCUUCUCUCCAGACUGCAUUGUAGAUGAUACUGUAAACACUCUAAACAACGAAAAGUCUCAUCAGGUGCUGGCACAGCUGUUGGACACUCUACUGAUCAUCGGCACACAACUCCCUGACAAGAGCGCAGUUAUCCAGAGACUUCUAGAUGUGACAUGCAAGCACCUGUCCAGCACUUAUUUUGGAGUCAGGAAUAAGUGUCUUCAGCUCUUGGGCUGUCUGGGGACAGUUGAUAAGCCACUCACUAAGGAAACAGAAGCAGGACCAGCAGGACUGGUGUCACCCAUACGGGAUGUACAGAGUUUGAUAAGCGAUUACUUCCAGGACCAGGACCCUCGCGUCCGCACCGCUGCCAUUAAAGCCAUGCUGCAGCUACAUGAAAGGGGGAUGAAAAUUCAACAGACUAUUUAUAACCAGGCCUGUAAACUCUUAAGUGAUGAUUACGAGCAGGUUCGCUCAGCAGCGGUGCAGAUGGUUUGGGUUUUGAGUCAGCUUUACCCAGAGAGCAUCGUUCCCAUCCCCUCAUCCAAUGAGGAGAUCCGACUGGUGGAUGACUCCUUUGGAAAGAUCUGUCACAUGGUCAGUGAUGGCUCAUGGGUAGUCAGAGUGCAAGCUGCUAAACUGCUGGGCUCCAUGCACCAAGUGAGCCCUCAUUUCCUGGAGCAGACUCUUGACAAGAAGCUGAUGUCAGAUCUCAGGAGGAAACGCACGGCUCACGAACGAGCUAAAGAACUUUACGCUUCUGGAGAGUUCUCGUCUGGACGCCGGUGGGCUGAUGAUGCUCCAAAAGAGAAAGUUGACACUUCCGGUGUAAACCUCAUUGACUCUGGAGCCUGUGGGGCAUUUGUUCAUGGGCUAGAAGAUGAGAUGUACGAGGUGCGUAUCGCUGCAGUAGAAGCUCUGUGUUCCCUUGCCCAGUCGUCCCCCAGCUUUGCUGAGAAGUGUCUUGACUUCCUGGUGGACAUGUUCAAUGAUGAAAUCGAAGAGGUGCGACUGCAGUCCAUUCAUGUGCUGCGACAGAUCUCAACCAAUAUCACCCUCAGAGAAGACCAACUGGACACUGUGCUCGCAGUACUGGAGGAUUCAUCGCGGGACAUUCGUGAGGCCCUGCACGAGUUGCUCUGCUACACUAAUGUCUCCACAAAAGAAUGUAUCCAGCUGGCCCUGCUGGAGCUCCUCAAAAAUCUCACCAAGUACCCGACCGACCGCAACUCUGUCUGGAAAUGUUUGAAGUUCCUUGGUGCUCGACAUCCGACCCUGGUGCUGCCAAUUGUCCCAGAGCUGCUGAGCACCCAUCCUUAUUUUGACACUCCAGAACCUGACAUGGACGACCCUGCCUACAUCGCUGUGUUAGUUCUGGUCUUCAAUGCAGCCAAAUCCUGCCCCACUAUGCCAGCGCUGUUCUCAGAUCACACGUUCCGGCACUAUGCCUACCUACGCGACAGCUUAUCCCACCUGGUGCCACCCCUCAGACUGCCAGGCAGAAAGCAGACUGCAAACUCUGGUUUGGAGGCAUCAGGUGUGGGUUCAGGCAGUUUGGAGUCGGCACAGAACUUCCUGCAGGACAGUCUUGUUCGGGUCAGCACCCUUCAGAACCUGGAGACACCUGGAGCUCAAGAUCUGCUGGAGUUCACCAUCAGAGAUCUGCAGCGGUUGGGGGAGCUACAGACUGAGCUGGCCGGAUCUGCAGAUUUUUCUGCCACAUACCUACGCUGUCAGUUACUGCUUACCAAGGCUCUCCAAGAGAAGUUAUGGACCAUGGCUGUGCCUCUUUGUCUUAAACAGAAUGCCAUAGUAUCAACCGCUGCUCGACAGAUCUUGGAUGAGACAUACAAACUCGAGUUCUUGUACAGCGGAUUGGAGACACAGCAGGUCGCGACAAUUCACAACGUUCGUCUGCAGGCAAAAGCUUUACAGCUCAUCCUGACGGCCCGAUCCAAACGAGGGGUUGAUCGUGUUCUCAGUGUUUGUGAGAAGUUCCUACAGGAGGUUGAGUCAUUUCAGAGGCUCUUCAUGACAGAGGUGCCCCAUUUUCAGGACAGUUUUGUGGAGAAACUCCUGGAGUUAAUGCCAAGACUGGUGGCCUGCAAGCCAAAUGAUCUGGUUAAAAUUCUCCAGACCACACUGCGACAAAGCAGAUUCAUUCAUCUCAAACUCCCUGAACAGAUACACAGGGCGUCUGCAACAAUUAUUGAGCCAACAGGGGAAUCAGACAACCCUUUGAGAUUCACCUCGGGUCUGGUAGUGGCGUUAGAUAUCGAUGCUACUCUUGAACAUGUGCAAGACCCACAGACAACAGUCAAAGUGCAGGUGCUCUAUCCAGAUGGACAGUCUCAUAUAAUCCAUCCCAAACCUGGAGAUUUCAGGACCCCAGGACCUGGGCGUGUGCGACUGAUUACUCAGGUUUAUCUAUCCCAUUCUGCAUGGACAGAGCCCUGUCAGAUUGAGGUACGGUUACUUCUGGCCUACAGCUCCAGCAGCAGUAAAUUAUCUGCUGCUAAACCCACUUGGAAUGAAAGCAUGGAUGGACUUCCCACUAAUGAGAGUUCCAUUGAGGGCACAAUCCACCUCAGCAAGCCUGUCAAAGUCUUUAUCAUGCCCAAACCAGCUCGCCGCUGACCUGAGCACAGAGGAACCCAGACAGUAUAUCUCUAAAAACAACAGCGAGCACAAAGAUAGAACAUUGUCAUCUACUCUUUCUGGUUCCAAAAAUACAUUUUAUCUGAAAUAAA